AUGAGCGAUGGAAGCGCCUCAGAGAGCGGCGAGGAGGAGGGGCAAGAUGGCCGCAUGUCGUUGCUCGGCAUCCUGAGCCGUAAUCCCGUUGACGAUAUUCAGAAGCUGCUUGAAAGCGAGACGUUUGCGCCGGACGGCGAAUCCUUCUGGGUCGAUAAGCCUGACGUGGCCUGCAUCGCUGUGGCGGCAGCCAUGGCGUUCGCUCGUCCGGAUGUGAUGCGCUACCUGCUCACGGACGAGGCGUGUUGCGCCGAGGUCAACUCCUUCCUCAACUUCCCAUCCUUCAGCCUCUUUCACGAACGGACACCGCUGGGAGUGGCGAUGAACACAAAAAACGCUGACUGCAAGCAGCAGGAGUGGCAAGAGUGCGUCUGGCUCUUGGUCGAGGCGGGAGCUGAUGUUGACGCCGCUGCCUUCUGCGGCGAGGACGAGGAGGACGAGGACGAGGAGGACGAUUACGUUGACCAGGGAGAUGUGCCUUUGGAGGCGGCUGUCGAGAACGGCCUCCUGAUCGGCGCGCAGGUUUUGCGUGCGAUGGGCGCGACCAUUCCCUCGUACUGGCCGCCCCUCGCAGACCUCUCUCGAGACGAAGAACCGGGCGCGUACGACGUGUUUGAGUUUGUCCACCGCAGCGCAGACUGGUCGCCCCUGCACUUCCUCAAGUGGCUUCCGACGUGGCGGACCUUGGAGCUACUGCGCGGCGACGCCGACGUCCACGAGCGAGUCACAGGAGUGGGCACACCGCUUGAGGUUGCGCAACAGCUCUCAGCUAAGCACGCGUCGGCAGCGCUUGUCAUCCAGGCGGCUUCCCCGUGGUCGCCGCAGACGCACCACCUGUGGUCGAAAGUCGCCCGCAAGCACGCUGUGGGCGUGCUGCUGAUCGGCCACCUGUUUGCCGAGUCAGCGUUCGCGCUGCGAGAUGUCCAGGCCAUCAAGGACCUUUGGCCCAUCUUCGUUAUGCCGCACGCCAUGUCGCGCGCGUCUGACUGA